AUGGAGAUCCCGACUAUACUGAAUAGGAAGGCGUCCGCAGCAGUUGCCGCAGACCCUCGCUUCCAGGCACAACUCGCACAGGCGGUUCACUUACAUACACAAGAGAUGAGCGAGCAAGCAACAUCUCAACCCGGCGAACAUGCCGUGCUGGGCUACCCUCCCAAUGCCCAGCAUCUUCAUCAGAUGCCCCAUGUGCCCCCGCAAGGAAUGCAUCCUCACCCAGCCAAUGGUGUGCAAUUAAUGCCGAAUGCCUACGUCCAUGCAGGCUUUCCUCCAAACCCUCCCCAGCAAUUGCCCCCUACUCCACCUGUACAGCAAACUCGCCCCGAGCCAGCACCACGGGUCUUCCAUUGCUCUACUUGUCAGAAAGGAUUUGCUCGUCGCAGCGAUCUAGCUCGUCAUGAACGCAUUCACAGCGGAAUUCGUCCCCACGCAUGUGACUGGCCUGGCUGUGGAAAACAAUUCAUUCAACGCUCGGCAUUGACUGUUCAUGCGCGUGUCCAUACGGGAGAGAAACCCCACAUGUGCGAGCGAUGUGGAAAGCCAUUCAGCGAUUCCUCAUCCCUCGCGCGGCAUCGUAGGAUCCAUUCUGGCAAACGGCCCUACAAGUGCCCCUAUGCGAAUUGCCAGAAAACCUUCACUCGUCGGACCACACUCACUCGGCACCAGAAUCACCACACAGGAACCAUUGAGGAAGCAGCGGCCCAAACCGAAGCUAGUUUGCGACAAAACAAAGAAAGAUCAGCACGCCCUUCAGAAAGCGUCUAUUCAGAGACUGGGUCUGGCCAUUCCACCCCUUCUCCAGGACAGCAAGUUUCAAUGGGCCUAGGAAGCGAACUUCCACCAUUGAAUAUUAUACGUUCUACAGGGGAAUAUUACGUCCCCAAUGGGUCAAUCCCGCCGCACGUCCGCGGCGAUUUCCAGCAAGGAAGCCCUCGUGCUUCUCCCACGGUCACAUCGCCUUCCUUGUCGAACUAUAGCAGUCACCCACGCCCUUCAAUGACCUCACAUCCGACCGGAUAUGGCCCACCUCAACCACUCGAACCACCGGCAAAUAAUGAUCAUCGGCCUGGCAGUGUCACAGGUAGUCCACAUAUGACGAGCAUGGGCUGGGCAUCGCCGUCUCAUGGCAGCAUACCGUCACCUGGUUCUGCUCACGACUAUGGCUACCCGGAGCCAAACGCUGCCGCAUAUGCCAGUGCUAUGCCUCCACAUAUGUAUUUUCCAAACUCGACCAUUCGACGACCUGGCAGCACUGAGCCGGAGAAUUAUGAGAUGAAACCCAGAAUAGGACCUGAUGGGUGGUCUACCCCGAUCUGA